AUGGCGGAAUGCUGCCCCCUUCCCUCUGCCUUCAUCUUCGUGCUUCUCAGUGUGAGUGCUUGGGCCUUCGAGUCGUGUCCGGCUCCUUGCUCCUGCCACACGGGCCCGGACGAGCUUGGAGUGCUGGACUGCAACAGGAAACGGCUUUCGACGGCUCCCUCGGAUGCACCGGAGGGGAUAAGCCAAGUAUCAAUGAACCACAAUGACCUGACACGGCUCCCCUUCCUUGGAGGAGCUUCUGCCAACAUCACAUCACUGUCAUUAAUACACAACCGCAUAGCAGAGCUCUUGUUGCAUCAACUGCUGCCCUACGAGUCUCUAGAGAUGCUGGACCUGACGUCCAACUCUCUUUCAGAGCUCAGGGUGGGAACUUUCCCUUCCAUGGAGUUGAAAUAUCUGAAUUUGAGUAAUAAUAAGAUCAGCAUCCUGGAGCCUGGUUGUUUCGACAACAUCUCCAGCUCCCUGCUAGUGUUGAAGCUCAACAGGAACAGAUUGACAGCGCUGCCAUCCAGAGUCUUUAAACUUCCUAGUCUGCAGUUUCUUGAAAUGAAGCGUAACAAAAUCAAGAUUGUGGACAGCCUGACGUUCAAGGGGAUGGACUCUCUGCGCUCACUGAAGUUGCAACGAAAUGGCAUCACCAAGCUCAUGGAUGGAGCCUUUUUUGGACUCAUCAGCAUGGAAGAAUUAGAGCUGGAGCACAACAACCUAACAGAGGUGAACAAAGGCUGGCUGUACGGCCUUCGCAUGUUGCGUGUCCUGCGAGUGAGCCAGAAUGCCUUGGGCAUCAUCCGACCAGACGCCUGGGAGUUUUGCCAGAAGAUGGAGGAACUAGACCUGUCCUUCAAUCAUCUUACAAGACUAGAGGAGACCGCUUUUGUGGGAUUAGGUCUCUUAGAGACCCUGAAUCUUGGCGAAAACUCCAUCAGCCACGUGGGAGAGCGUGUGUUCAGUAGCCUGGCCAAUCUGCGCACAUUAGACAUCCACAGUAAUGAAAUUUCCUGGGCCAUUGAAGACUCCAUUUGCGUGUUUGAUGGAAUGAAAAAGCUGAACACACUCAACUUACAGCAGAAUAAAAUCAAGUCAAUCACCAAGAAAGCUUUUGAGGGUCUGGAUGAGUUGGAGCACCUGGAUCUUGGUAAGAAUGACAUCAUGUCAAUACACCCAGAAGCUUUGCUGCAUACGAAGCUCAAAGUGUUCAUCCUCAAAACAAGCAGCUUGCUGUGCGACUGCCACAUGCAGUGGCUGGGACCUUGGCUCACUAAAAGCCAUUUCCUACAUUCCGUGUCUGCCGUCUGCGCCCACCCGGCUGUUCUGCUGGGUCAUGAUGUCCUUUCUGUUAGCCUAGAAGACUUUGUUUGUGAUGAAUUCCCCAAGCCUCGGAUCAGCACUCACCCUGAAACAUCGGUGGCACUGCGCGGCAACAAUGUGACUCUGAGUUGUGUGGCGUCCAGCAGCAGCGACUCGCCCAUGAGCACGGCGUGGAGGAAAGACGGCGAAGUGCUGUACGAUGCCGAGGUCCAAAACUAUGCCAGGUACCAGGAAGGCGAGCUCAUCUACACCACCGUACUGCACCUCCUCAACGUCAACUUCACCGACGAGGGCCGCUACCAGUGUGUGGUGUCCAACCACUUUGGCGCCAAUUACUCCAAUAGAGCUAAGCUCACUGUUAAUGAGCUGCCAUUGUUUCUCAAGACCCCCAUGGAUCUGACCAUUCGUACCGGUAAUAUGGCCCGGCUGGAAUGUGCUGCCGAGGGCCACCCCUCGCCACAGAUCGCUUGGCAAAAAGACGGGGGCACUGACUUCCCGGCCGCCCGGGAGCGCAGGAUGCACGUGAUGCCGGACGACGACAUCUUCUUCAUCGCCAAAGUCAAGAUGGAGGACAUGGGCGUGUACAGCUGCACGGCGCAGAACGCGGCUGGCAGCUUGUCGGCCAACGCCACGCUUACCGUCCUGGAAACUCCUUUGUUCAUGCGGCCCCUGGAAGACCGAACAGUGGCGGAAGGCGAAACCGCUGUGCUUCAGUGCAUUGCCGGAGGCAGCCCUGCGCCGCGCUUGAACUGGACUAAGGAUGACGGGCCGCUAGUGCUCACCGAGCGACACUUCUUCGCUGCCGCCAACCAGCUCCUCAUCAUCGUCGAUGCUGGCCCCAGCGACGCUGGGAAGUACACGUGCAUCAUGUCAAACACUCUGGGAACCGAGCGCGGCCACAUCAACUUGGCCGUGUCGCCGUCGCCCAACUGCGACACCAGCACGGGUUACGACCAGGAUCGCUGGACCACUGUCGGCAUCGUGGUGAUUGUGGUUGUGUGCUGUGUGGUCGGAACCUCGCUGGUUUGGGUCAUUGUUAUCUAUCACAUGCGCAGGAAAAGUGAAGACUACAGCAUUACCAACACAGAUGAAAUGAAUUUACCGCCAGACAUCCCAAGCUACCUCUCCUCUCAGGGGACUUUGUCAGAACCUCCUGAAGGCUAUAGCAAUUCUGAGGCUGGUAGCCACCAGCAACUCAUGCCUCCUCUCUCCAAUGGAUACGUGCACAAGAGCUCUGACAGUGGUUGCUACGGAGACGCAGGCAAUGAAGCAGAAAUGGACGGUAGCGGCCGGCUCCACUUCCGAGUGGGAUCUCUGUUCACAGGACGUAGCAGCUUCCAGCCUGGGGAGGCUCGUGAUAGACUAGCUGGAGCCCCUUCAGGCGGUGCCGGUCCACUGGUCAUCUGUUCCGACUGCUACGACAACGCCAACAUCUACUCUCGUACGCGGGAUUUCUGCCCGUACGCUUACCUGGGCGAGGAUGACAUUCCUGACAAAGACCCGCCAAGCUUCAAGGAGAGUUACAGUGAGCGCGCUCGGCGAGAGGACGCUGCGAUGGAGCGCCUCUUCGGCAGACGGGACUCCGAAAGGCCGAGCAGCCGCACGUCAUUGGAAGACUGUGGGGGCGUACCGUUCAGGAUCGAGCCCCGGCUGGAACGAGUCUCGGCGGAGCCAGGUGUGUUCAAACCUGCUCCGGAAUCGGAAGCCUCCACCACGGCGUCUCCCGGAGAGAGGAGCCGCCUGCCCGCCUGUCUCCUUGUCUGUCUGCCCGCGUCUUCACCCGAUGCCGUGUUGUGA